CUAUAAGAUUACCUUGGCAUGGAUAAGCCAUGCCCAGUUAAUUAUCUCCCACGUCUGAUGGAGAGUGCGUCGUAAUAUUUUAAGAAUAUUUACCUUACAUGUCCACGUUUCACGUGUACAUGAAUGACUCGUUACUCGUACAUCCUAUCACUUCAAUCUCGGAGAGCAAAAGUAGGCGUCAGAAGUUCUCCUAAUCUCCCCCAAAAUGGGAUCGGAUGUAUCGACAGAGGCAGAACCUCCAAAGAAUCUGGGCAAAAGAAAAUUAUCUCGUAGGACUUCACAUCGCCUUAUUGUCGAGAAAAAUAACUUAAGAUUCAAGAGGAGACUCAGUCUUCUAAAAGGAAAAGACGAAAUUGACGCAUCAACUACGACCGAUCAACCAAGAAAACCUGCGAACGGAUUACAAGAAGAUACAUUGUCGAGUAUUGCUGAAGACAUUGACGAUGUUGAUUUCCCGUAUGAGAACCUCGUUUUGGAAGGCGGUGGCAGCCAGGGUAAUGCUUAUAUUGGCGCCAUAAUGGAGUUGGAGCGACUUAACUUCUUGAGCAAGAUUCGCCGUUUCGCUGGUUCCAGCAUUGGUUCGGUGACAGCUGCUUAUCUCGCCGUAGGCCACGGGUCUAGCAAAUUUCUCUCCAUUAUUAACGAUGGACCUCAAUUCGAAGACCUCUUAGACGCACCAUGUGGAAAGUGCAGCCUGGUGCCCAACCUGUUUAAGUACAUGGGAUGGCAUCCUGGAAGGACCGCCUAUCAGUCCAUCGGUGAGGACAUUGCUGAAAAGCUAGGAGACCCAAACGCCACAUUCAAGGACCUUUAUGUUAAGACGGGUAGAGAACUAUGCGUGGUGGUUACCAAUCUAACCACGAUGAUGGAGGAAUAUUGUCACGUCAAAACCACUCCCAACAUGCCAAUGAGGACAGCUGUCAGGAUGUCUAUGUCUGCUCCAGUUGUUUUCGUUCCUGUAAAGCGGCAAUACAUGGGUCGAACCGAUCUCUAUAUCGACGGCGGUAUUUUGUGCAACUAUCCAGUUCACUGUUUCGAUGGGUGGUGGCUUUCUAUGAAACCUGAAGAUGCUCUCCUGAAGAAGAUGCAACCUUUGGAGGAUGCAGCCAAACUCCUCACAAAGAAGGAGAGGUUUGGAAUGUUCAACGACAAAACCUUUGGCAUGAUUAUCUACAGUGAUUACGACUCCCAUGUACUGGCUACCAAUCCAGAUUUAGAAGCCCCCAUUGCACCUAUACCAGAUACAAAACUUGCCAGAGCUCACGAAAAAAUAAAAGAGAAGCGAGAAUUGAACUGUAAACAGCAUCGCCUGGUGACAGACGCCAUGACCCGGUUUCUGAAGGUUCUGGAUCAAAAUAGUAUCGGAGGUACUACGAUUAAUAUCAAGGCGUUCAAGCAAGUAUUCAACAAUAAUGAGGAGUUUACAUCUGACCAUGCUCACCUUCUGUUCGGAGAAGAUAUGACUGUCGACGAAAUAUUUGACAGCCUUGAUGCUAACUCCGAUGGAGAGAUUGACUUCAAUGAGCUGAUGUCCUUAGCGGAGGUGGAGGGAGUAGGAAUCCAGACCCAUCAUAUUGGAACGGGGCGGCUUGAUAUCAAGAACUUAACAGAUUAUCUCACUGGAAUCUUCAGCAUGCUGCUACUGAACGUCAAAAGAGCUUUCCUAGAGGGCCAGGACAUUGAGCGUACGGUACUCAUCAACACUGUCUAUGUGAAAUCCUUGGACUUCAGCCCAGAGACAGAGGACCUGGAUUUCUUAGUAGAGCAAGGCCGCCGUGGAGUUCAAACGUUCCUCAAAUACCAUAACAAGGCUGCGAAGGAAGAAGCAUCAUAAAGUCACAUCACGAAUGGUAGGCAACUCGGUGAACUGUAAACGUUAAAGGACACCUCACCCAAAGAAAUAACUCUAGUUAUUCUGAGAGGUUUAUUGUACUCUUGCCCAUUAAUCUACAAGAUUCCCACCAAAGGGUAUAUUUAGAGAGGCAUAGAGCAAGAAUAAUGUACAGUUUCUCAGCACGACAUGGACAUCGCUAUUUUCUUGAUAACGUGACGAAUUAUGCGAAGUCGUUCAUCACGUAAAUGUAUUCAAAAUUACGAAGCAUAUCAUUUACCUGAUAUUAUCCCUUGUACUACAAUUACCAGAACCCAAAUUUACGUAAAUAGGAACUUUUAGGAACGUCCAUAAUUCACGCAUACUUCGAAUUCAACUCUCAACAUAAAGUCCUUUAUCUGGGAUUCAAAACGUGCACAUCACAUCUUGGAAAUUCCCCUUAUCAGUAUCCGGGUGUACCACGUUGGAAACGUUUGCCAAAAAAUAAAUCGGUGCCAAUUUAUGCUGCUGGAGUUAUUUUGUAUUUUUAGAUUUGGCGGAGUUUUCCCUUUCUUUCUUUCUUUAUAUAUUGUUUAAAAUCAAAAUUCUAGCAAUACUAUCAAGACUGAAAUAUUAUACUCUAUUAAAGAAUAGCCAAUCAAAACAUUCACAAAUGUUUGUACCAUUACAACAUUUUGGUAUGUGGCAGUUGGUUCUUUUUCCUAAGCCUCCGUUUAUUAUUUUAUACGUAAGCGGACUAGCAUAUAUUUGCAAAGGGUUGUUUAAAAUAUUUAUUUUCACGCAUUUCUAUACAUAUAUAAAACGAGAUUGCAGUAUUUCUUGUAUAAUGAUAACAAUAUAAAGCACACAUAUAAAUAACUAUAUAGUCAAUGCAGCUGUUUGUGAAUAAACCUUUCAUGUCUUACACGAAGUGGAUGUUUAUAUGGAAUAUAUCAAGAGUGGGAUCAUGUGUUUUGGACUAUAAACCUUCUUUUUGUGCAAUUUUCAUAAUUCGUCAAUAAAACAUUGUUGAAACAUUUUA